GUCUUCUACUCUAUCACCCUCUCAGUUGGGCUAUCUUUUGAUAAUGGAUAUUCUGCUUUCCAAAGUAAUAAAGACAAUGCAAACAUGGACAUGCAAAAUUCUUUGUUGAAAGAACAACUUAUUUCAGGCAAAAUCACCAAUAGAGCUUUCUCCAGCUAAAACUCAACUUAAGUCUUUUCUUAAACAUUUAUUUUUUGAUAGAAGGUCCUAAGGUAGAAAUGCAGGUCAAAUAUUAUGGGACAGAUGCUUCUGUAGAAUCCAGAUGUUUCUUCUGCCAAGUUGGAAUGGACAUGGAAGUUGAACCUCGGUGACCAGAGGGCAGGUUCCCCCCUCCCCAAUAGCUUCAGUUGACCAGCAGGUACUAUCAAAUAUGACCAUCCUGACCAUCAAUAUGAAUGAUAUGCACUGUUCAUACAUCAAGGAUUGUGUCAGGAGAAAAUAGAAAACAUGGUUUAAAAUGGGAACACCUGUAGAGAAGUCAAGGUUGUCUCCAUAAUGGACUGGAGAUAAAAAGCUGUCUCACUGAGGAUCUGUCCUCUAAAAAUAGUGUGAUGCCUUUGUACUAUAGUUAACAGUUAUGAAAAUAAUACCUGUAAGUCAGGUAUUGCCCCAUAGUCAUAUUGGGACACAGUUGUGAAAUAACAGUUUAAUUGGAAUUUCUUUGUUCGUUCAAUUUAUAUCCGAAUUACAGAAUUGGAAUUGAAAGCUAUAGCUACAGCUCCAUUCUGAAUGCCACUCAAGACAUAUUCUCCUAUUUUAAAAUAAAAGUCUCCAAUGAUAGUGACAAUCACUGGUAACUUGAAGGAAAUGCAUUAACACAAACUAGUUUCAUCACAGUCAUCUGCUUGAUCAAAAGUUGGACAUAAUCAGCUUUUAUUCAUUCUACUGCUUUUAGUAAUCCAUUUCUAUUGCCAAGUCUGUGCCUUCGCAUUCUGUUAAUGCCCUCAUUUCUCUCGGACUUCGAUAUGGAAUGGCUGUAAUAGAACCAGUGCUAAUGUCCAUACAGGAGCUACUAAGGCAGUAAUUCUCCCCUUUCCUUUCUAUGCUGUCAGUCAGCUUGGCUGACAGUCGUCAACUUUUCCGUCUAUCUGGUUCGACCCAGCUUUAUCCCGCCCCGAACUACAAUUCCCAUGAUGCUGUGCGACGCCACGCGUUAGCUUCCGGUGGCGCGUGGCUUCCGGCUCGGAUCGGAACCUGGAGUCCGGACUCGAUCCGGGUAUCAACAUUCCAAAAACAGAUACCAGAAAUGGCUGAAGAAGGUGGCGAUUUUAUAUGGUGUGAAGAUUGCAAUCAGUAUCAUGAUUCAGAAUGUCCAGAGCUGGGUCCUGUGGUGACAGUCAAAGACUCCUUUGUGUUAAGUAGAGCAAGAUCAUCUCUUCCUUCCAACUUGGAGAUCAGACAACAUGAAGAUGGGACUGAAGGUGUUUUUGCAAUAACUCAACUUGUGAAGCGUACCCAAUUUGGUCCCUUUGAAUCCAAGAGAGUUGCCAAACUAGAAAAGGAAUUAACAUUUCCACUGAAGGUUUUUCAGAAGGAGGGGUCUCCAGUCUAUUUUGAUACAUCUAAUGAAGACAACUGUAACUGGAUGAUGAUGGUGAGACCUGCCAGUCUAUAUGAGCAUCAAAACCUGACUGCUUUUCAACAUGAUAAUGACAUUUACUUCACUACCUCUCGGGACAUCCCACCGGGAACUGAGUUAAGAGUAUGGUAUGCAGCUUUCUACGCCAAAAAAAUGGAAAAGCCAGUUCUAAAGCAAUGCAUUGUCAAUGAACAUGGGCAGGGUCAUUUGGAGCAAGCUAAAACAGUUCCACAGAGCAAUCAAAAGGAUGUUCAUCUAGAGAAGGCUCUGGAAGUUACCCAUACCGAUCAACCCAUCACUAUCUGUGAAAGUGCCAAUUCCCAAGUGGAUAUGAAGAAAAAAACUCGACGGGGCAGGAAAGCCAAAGGAGCAAAAGUAGAAAUACCUCUUGUGAUUGUGGAUGAUAAAGAUUCUACUGCAGUGAACUCAGUGGACCAUGUGGCUGAAAUUAUCACUGAGGUCCCACCUGAUGACACAGCGAUUCCUUCAGCAGCAGAAGAUCAAAUUAUGGAGCUGAUGUUAACAAAGCUACCCAGUCCUGCAAACAACAUGAGUUCAUUAACAAAGUUUCCUCACCAUCAGAGCUCUGUAUCCCUUAAGAGAAGUUUAAUCCUUUCCAGCCGACACGGAAUUCGACGCAAGCUGAUCAAGCAGCUUGGGGAACACAAAAGGGUCUAUCAGUGUAGUAUCUGCAGUAAAAUGUUCCAAAAUAGUAGCAAUCUUAGCCGACACAUCCGCUCUCACGGUGACAAACUAUUCAAAUGUGAGGAAUGUGGGAAGCUUUUUAGUCGAAAAGAGAGUUUGAAGCAACAUGUUUCAUACAAACACAGUAGGAAUGAGGUUAACAGUGAAUAUAGAUACAGAUGCGCUACGUGUGAGAAAGCUUUUCGGAUAGAAAGCGCAUUAGAAUUCCACAACUGCAGGACAGAUGAUAAGACAUUUCAGUGUGAGAUGUGUUUCAGAUUCUUUUCUACAAACAGUAAUCUUUCAAAACAUAAAAAGAAACAUGGGGACAAGAAAUUUGCCUGUGAGAUUUGCAAUAAGCUAUUCUACCGAAAGGAUGUGAUGUUGGAUCAUCAGAGGCGGCACCUGGAAGGAGUGAGACGUGUUAAAAGAGAAGAAUUCGAGCACAAUGCAGAAAAUAUGGUUCGCUACAAGAAAGAGCCUUCCAGAUGCCCAGUAUGUGGAAAGAUUUUUUCGUGCAGGAGUAAUAUGAAUAAGCAUCUUUUGACCCAUGGAGAUAAGAAAUAUACAUGUGAGAUUUGUGGCCGUAAAUUUUUCAGAGUUGAUGUUCUGAGAGAUCAUAUUCAUGUUCAUUUUAAGGACAUAGCAAUAAUGGAUGACCACCAGAGAGAAGAAUUUAUUGGCAAAAUUGGAAUCUCUUCAGAAGAAAAUGAUGACAACUCAGAUGGAAGUGUGGAUUCUGAGCCCCACAAGUAUAGCUGCAAAAGGUGCCAGUUAACGUUUGGCCGAGGUAAAGAGUACUUGAAACAUAUCAUGGAAGUUCACAAAGAGAAGGGUUAUGGUUGUAGCAUCUGCAACAGGCGUUUUGCUUUGAAGGCAACUUACCAUGCUCAUAUGGUUAUUCAUCGGGAGAACUUACCAGACCCCAAUGUGCAAAAAUAUAUUCAUCCAUGUGAAAUCUGUGGAAGAAUUUUUAACAGCAUAGGAAAUUUAGAACGACAUAAACUUAUUCAUACAGGGGUGAAAAGUCAUGCUUGUGAACAAUGUGGCAAGUCAUUUGCAAGGAAGGACAUGUUAAAAGAACACAUGAGAGUCCAUGAUAACAUCCGAGAAUAUCUAUGUGCAGAAUGUGGUAAAGGAAUGAAAACAAAGCAUGCUUUGCGACACCACAUGAAGCUACAUAAAGGGAUAAAGGAGUACGAAUGUAUGGAAUGCCAUCGGAAAUUUGCACAGAAAGUCAACAUGCUUAAGCAUUAUAAAAGGCACACAGCAGGGAUCAAAGACUUCAUGUGUGAACUCUGCGGAAAGACCUUUAGUGAGAGGAACACAAUGGAAACCCAUAAACUAAUUCACACAGUGGGGAAGCAGUGGACAUGCUCAGUGUGUGAUAAAAAGUAUGUCACAGAUUACAUGCUUCAAAAACAUAUCCAGCUGACUCAUGAUAAAGUAGAAGCUCAGAAUUGUCAACUCUGUGGGACAAAAGUGUCUACUAGAGCUUCAAUGAGCCGUCACAUGAGAAGAAAACACCCAGAGGUUCUUUCAGUUAGGAUUGAUGACUUGGAGCAGCUGUCAGAGACCACAACUGUUGAUGCUUCAUCUAUAGGAAUUGUGCAGCCAGAUCUAGCUCUGGAACAAAGUGAAUUACCAGAAGGGAAGCAUACAAAGGCUCAUAAACGAGGUCAUAAACAGAAGCACAAACCUGGCGAAGAAGAGGAAACACAACUUCCUGAGGAUUCUGCCUUCACUGAAUAUACAGAAAAAGAAGUGGAAUUUACAGGAAAUGUAGGAGAUGAAACUAAUUCAGCAGUGCAAAGCCUUCAACAGGUGGUGGUGGCCCUUGGAGAUCCAAAUGUGUCAGCUCCUUCUAGUUCUGUUGGUUUGACCAAUAUUAGUGUUACUCCAAUCACCACAGCUGCUGGAACCCAAUUUACAAAUCUACAACCUGUAGCUGUAGGUCACCUUGCCACGCCUGAACGCCAAUUGCAGCUAGACAAUUCUAUUCUCACAGUGACAUUCGAUACAGUUACUGGUUCUGCCAUGUUGCAUGGCAACCGCCAAAAUGAUAUCCAGAUACAGUCACAGCCUGAGGCAACCAACCCCCCAUCAGUAGCUCAUUUUAUAAACCUAACAACUCUGGUGAACUCCAUUGCUCCACUAGGGAGCCAAAUAUCAGAACAGCAUCCCUUAACAUGGAGGGCAGUACCUCAAACUGAUGUCUUGCAGACUCAGGCCCAGCCAUCCCAACAGACAGGGCAACAGCAGGUUCAACCUGAACAGCAGCAGCAAAUGUACAGCUACUAACUUUUACUUGAAAGAAGGCAACCAACCUCUGAAUGGGUUUGCAGAAGCCUAUUGGACAUCAAACCUAAAUCAAUUGCUGGAAACCAAACACGGGGAAUAAAAGGCUUACACUAUGAGAUACAUGCUGAUGUUAACCCAGGAACUGGAAAUGCCAAGCCCUUUACAAUUUCACACUCUUAGAGAAAUCAUUGCUACUUUAGCAAAUUAUGUGUACUGUUAAUAAGCUGCAGGAAAUAGAUAUGAGGCAGGUUUUAGAAGAGUUAAGAUCAAUUAAGAGAUAGUGGUAAUAAAUAGUAAAUGCAAUUAUCCUGUUUUUAAAACAGCAGAGGAAGAACACUUCAAUGUAAAGCUAGGAUAUGCCUGCCUGGGAUACAAGAGCCUAACUGAGCAAAAAAAAAUACUUUUUUUUUAAAGUUUUGCUUUUGCUUCCAUAGACCAAUCCAUUGCAUCUAAUGGAAUAAAGUGGGUGGAAGUUGGGUGGAGAUAGUUUGUGAUGUGAUAUGUGCUUUGUUUCAUAUAUCAUUUCCAUUAUACUGAUGGAGAUACCACUCUACACAUAAGACAAUAUGGGGUGUUACCUGAAAUUAGAUAGUCUAAUGUUAAAGUAAUAUUUUAUGGUCUCUUACCUAGUAAAAUUAAAACCUGAAUCCAUCUCUUGAUCUAAAUCUGUAAUGAGGUAUAUAUUUAUAAAACUGCGUGCUAAUUAAAUAUAAUGCUUAUCUAAUAGAUGGAAAGCAGUUCUUCCCAUGGAAAUUGAUUUGCCAGUUGGUCAUUAAUUCAUCAAUUUGUCUGUUCUAUCAUGUCAUAAAUAUUUGGGUCCAGGUGGGUAAAAGGUCAUUUCUCCGUAUUACCCUUCAUAUUUCAUUCUGUGUUCCUGGCAGAUAUUUGCAAAUUGAGGAACCCUUUCCAAUCUGACAUCAUAUAUCCACUUGUAUCAUUCAUAGCAACUGAUAGGAGGGUUCUGCUUCUGGAACCAAAAAUGCAUAGCAGCUUAUUACCCGG